CUGUCCCGUUACUUUGCCAGUGAGUUCUGCGGGAGCACGAAACACCGAGCAGGGAUGAGACGGAAGAGAAAAGAAGACGACGUUUAUCUCACAAGUUUGAUGAAAUUCACCUGCCGGAUUUGGAAUAUGUUUAUUUUUCCAAAGUGGUGGAUUUGUAUCGUUUUUCUGACAGGUGCCCUCCCUCCUGGCUGUUUGGGGGUAAAUGUGUUUGUGAGAGACGAGAAGAGGUAUGCCGUGCUGUUCCAGUCGGUGGUUCUGCCAUGUCACUACAACAGCGUGUCCACGCAAACCCCCGUGGUGCAGUGGGUCUACAAGUCGUACUGUCGAGACCGUACACGGGAUUCUUUCAGUUUCCCAGAAAGUCUGGGUGGAGGUCUGGGAGGAGGGGGGAUGACAGGUGGAACAGGCGGCGCUGUUGGAGGGUACGAGAAUGCGAUGACGGCAAGCUACCUUGACUGUGCUGACAGCAGCCGGACGGUCCGAACUGUGGCUUCCAUCUCUGGCUCCUCCAUCACACUGUCAGAGUAUUACAAGAACAGAGACAUCUCCAUCAUCAACAAGGCAGACCUCCGCAUAGGAGAGGUCCAGUGGGGAGACAGCGGAGUUUACAUCUGUAAAGUGGUGAUUUCUGAUGACUUAGAGGGACAGAACGAAGCCUCUGUGGAGCUGCUGGUUCUUGGUUUUUCUUGGAUGCCUGAAGAUCUCCUGCCAGACUUUGAUUUGAAGAUUAUGCCAGAGUGGGUGUUUGUUACUGCGGUAGCACUGGGCAGUCUCUUAUUCCUGUUGUUGGUUGGGGUUUGUUGGUGUCAGUGCUGUCCUCACUCCUGCUGCUGCUACGUCAGCUGCUGGUGCUGCCCGGACACAUGCUGCUGCCCUCGACACUUAUAUGAGGCAGGCAAGGGUAUAAAGACUGGCACCUCCACCCCUCAGUCACCGACAUACCCUCCAUAUUUUGUCACGGGUGUCCCAACAAUGGUUCCCAUUGCCCCGCCAUCCCUGGUGGACAAGAUGUCUUCGGUCACCCCUUCUGAUGGCAGCUUACUCACAGCAGUGCCGAUGCAUGCUGUAGGGGUUCCCUACCGCGUGGCUACACCUCAGGAUCAGGACUCCCUCAGGGUGCUUCAGUAUGUAGAGAAGCAACUGGCUCACUUCAACCCUGCCAGGUCCAUCAGCCACCAGUCCUGUAACCUGUCUGAGCUGAGUUCCCUCCAUGAGGGAGAGAACAGCUUCCGCCAAACAUAUCGAAACGUCCAGCAAAAGGCUCUGCCCGCCAUCCCUGACCGCGACCCUGAGCCUGAACCACAACGAUACCGUGACAACCGCAGCCCUGAGCACCAACGCUACCGGGAUGAUCCCCCUUCGCCGCGACGGUAUCAUGACAACCCUGACUCAGAGCAACGCCGCUGCAAGGAAGAGCCCCUUCCUCCACGCCGAUACAGUGACGACCCUCCACCCUCCUCGCAGCCGCACAGAGCUGUCCGAAAUCAACGGCAAAAGAAUCACAGCGAUGACGAGAACCACAAGAGGUGGAACCCUCGAUCAGAACAUCUGCAUAGAAAGACGUACCGCUCUGAAGGACGAACCGGCUCACUGGAUGAGCUGGAGGAGUUUGCUGCCUCAUACAAGGAGAGAGUGAGAGGGGCGGAGAAAAGAGAAGAAGAAAGGGGCGAAUACGAAAUGGAGCUUCUGGAGUUCAGUCGAUAUCCUUCCUACCGAGACUGCCCUGCUCAACAUUAUCACAGUGAUGAAAAUGAGCUCGAAGAGUACAGUGACCGCGAAGCUAAUACUAGACGAAACAAGAAAAGCAGACACAAUAUAAGCCCGCUCUCUUCCCCUAAAAAGAGAAGAGGCACUUGGGACAGCGAGCGGCCUGCCCCACCUCCUCCCAGAGUCAGUCCUCCAUCGAGUUCUUCUCAAGAGAAGGAUUACGACAGCACGUUCCUAAACAAGCUGCUGGAGCGCAAGUCGAAGCUGCGAGGGGUCAGCCCGGGGAAGAGUGGGGCCCGGUGUGAGGAGGAUUCAGACACACCCUCAAAAGGAAGCUCCAAAAAGAGCAGCGGGGAAUCCAAUCGUCACUGCAGUCGCUCUCCUAGUAACAGACCUGAGGUGGAAUCGCUUCCUUCUUAUGCAGAGACAGAGCGAAGCAGAACUGACAGGCCAUCUCCACUGCAGCUCCAUGCAAACACUCACUCAUCUCCAGCUCUGACACACUCUCAGCCCAGUCGCAGAGAGGAACCCAGAGACAAGAGCCGCAAAGUGAGUACUCUACUCAGCCGGGACUCCCUCAUCGUCUAAUCAGCUGAAACCGUAAAGGACUUAUAACUUAAAGCAGACUGUCUUCGUGGACUGCAUGUCGGCAAUAAAAGAUGAUAGCAAUGGGUUUGGAUUGCAAAACUUUGCAAAGUACACAUUACCUUUGUGGAAAGCUGAAUGAAGAAAUGAACAGUUUGUGGAUACUUUUACUUUGGAGGCUGUUCCUGGAGUUCCUGCCUGUGACGUCGCUGAAUGAUGAAGUCAUCAACAUUCGGUUUCUGUCACCGGCUGACUCAUACAUUUCUCAGCUGGCCUAACUCUGAACUAAUGCUGGCCGGUUGUAUGACCUGGACUGUCCCUCCCAGCAGGACGCUGUCCAUCUCCCCUCGUCUCUUUAGAAAAGGCUCUGAAGCGGAGAGACGCGCUUUACGCUUCCAGCACAAUGAGUGCAUUCAUUUCCAUCUGAUGGGAUUCAGUAUCUGCAUUAAAAUAGCCCAGUUGUUGAAAAGAAGGUGUAUGACAACACCAUUAUUGUAAAGGACAUAUUGUAGCUCAAGUUGUUAGACACAAUGUGUCAUUCAGUAACAUGUUUAGUGACUAAAACACCUAACUCAGACGGCUUUUAAAGGACAUUUAAAUGUUGAUUUAAGCGAGACAUAGAGGUCAACAUUAACAAAGUUUAUAUCUACAGAGAAGGUUGACAAAAUAAUGUUACCAUGGAAAAGGAAGGUAACCUUAUUAGAGCUGCAUCAAGCUUUUUUAUAAACAAUAGAUCAAAGGACUGCCCUUACAUUUCCACAGUGCAAUCCACUCUCUCUUCGUCCACUCAGAAGCCUGGCCAAUUUUUACUUCUGCUUUUAUUCCUCCUUUUUCUCAAUGGGCACAGACUCAGGUGAAAUAAGUGCAACAUGCAUGCAGCUGUGCUGGGUAAAGUUAAGUCCAAUGCCAUCUACUCCAUACAACAUUAAUCCGCUCUAGAAGCAGCCUUGCAAAGUAUAAAAUGUAUUCAUUAUGAGCAUAUACUCUUUAAUAAAAUCAUUUUUAUGGACAUAAUAACAAAGGAGGCACAUUGUGUGUGCCCAAACAUGUUCAAUUUCAUGACAUCGACAGAGUAUUUCAAACUUAGAAAGCUACAGUGAACACUAAUAAGAGUGUAGAGGAGUAGUGCAGACCCGCUCCUGACUUAAUGUGACCCACAUUAUUUGCAGCAUUUGCAUUAACUAAGUAAAGUCAAUAACAUUGUUUUUCCUACCCUGUAUGUCAGCGUUUAAAUGUGUUAGUUUUGACAAUUUAACAGUUUUCUCAGAAGGGACUAACACCUGACAGUUUGGUUUUUUUUGUAAACCUUUAGGGUGUUUCCCUGCCACUUGCCUUCUAUGAUUGUUGUGCUACAUUAUGAGUUUUAAUAAUGUGAUCUAUUUAUGUGUAUUGUGUGAUAAAUGAUCAUGUUUGCCUAAGCUUUUCAGUGUUACUGUGUACAUACGAGUAAUAAGUGUCUUUGAUUUGAUUUAAUGACAAUAAUUCAGCCCUGUUUUAGAACUAUGCUGACUCCAACGCUAAACCAACAACUUCUUGUGUUAUAACAAGACACAUACACACUUCUUUAACACACACACACACAUCUUAGCUGACUAAGUUCUAAUUUGAUCAGUAUAAUUUUAAUGUUAUUCUCAAAUGACCCCAUGAGGUAUUUUGUUCUUCCUGCCUCCAUGUUGCCUUAAAAAAAAGUCAAACGUCAAUGUUUCGUUUUCUUCCAUGUGUUUGCUGCUGUGUGGUUCUGAUUAAGUGCGUGUUUGCUUGUGUCUGUGAGUAUGUGUGUGUGUGUUUCAGAGACUGAGAGAUGACUCUUUACUUUUCUGUAAAGGAGACAAUGUGUAAAAGAGUAUGACUCAUGUCUUUGUUCAUUGUUGUAGUCACAGACCGCCUGUCUUAUCCACACAGCUGCGUCAAAACUCACACAUCAGCUCUGCCAGCUCGACCACAGAUAUUUCUGCAUUGCAGUGGUUUUUCUCAUCCACAUCAAUCAUUUUUUUCGUAACACUUUCAACAAUAAUAUAUCUGUUAAUAAAAAAGGGCCAGAUCCGGUUUGGAGAAACUAAAACCUAAACAACAAAAUUGUUAAACUCUCCAUCUUCUUAACAAGUAAGAUUUGGCAGCAAUAAUCAAACUAAUCCACAUUUUUUAAAUACCUAGUUUGUCUACUUAUUCUGCUAAGAAACUCUGUUUUACUGAUAGCAUUGUAGUCAUCUGAGAGCAUUUAAAGUUCUGUUCUGCACUUUAAACUCCUGUGAGGAACUUUUGGGUUGUGUCAUCUUCUUUCAGUUGUUUGUGUGUCUGAGUUCAUGUUUGAGAUGGGAGGAUCGGCUGAGACAGUGACCGCUCACAGCUGAACAGUAUGUCAGGAAUGUUGUUGAGCUACUCCCUCCUGAGUUUUGCUGAAGCAUCAGCAGGAAAACAUGACAUCCGUUAAAAAGCAGAGAGUAAACCGUCUGUCUGUGUCCGUUUGAAUGUGCUGCCUGGUGUGAUGUGGGUGGGGCUUACCUGAAAUACUGACAUGCUGGUUACUUCAGUGGGCUUUCUGCCACUGAAGAAGUGGAGUUGAAAUAUCUGGUACCAUACACACAGUGUUUAAACUAAACAACUGCUAAAAUCAGUGCAGACAUUAUUCAACUUUAACUUCAUUAUCAUCCCGAAGGAAAUUGAAUCUGCAGCAGGCAUCAAGGCAUGACACAUACACAAAGAAAAACAUCAGAAAUACAGACAUACAGAAAAUCCACAGCCUAAAAAAACAAACAUAUGUACUUUAACCACACUGAGCAGGAGGCUGGAACUGUUUCUUAUACCUCAAGACUGUAUAUUUAAACCUUUGCCAUGCACAAACAAGAGCUUUCAUUGUGUUUAUUCAACAACAAAUCAGCCAAUCAGUUCUUCAAACAAAAUGUACUCUAACUUAUGUAGGCCUAUGGUAAUCUUUUAAGAUUUUUUUCAUCCAUUUGUCUUAAACCAGAUAUGGUUUAAGACAAAUGGAUGAAAUGGAGAAAUUUCCUGGAAGAAAGAGUAAUCACAUGAUGUAUGUGGAUAUACAUGAACUGGCCUGGUACUCAGUCAAAUUGAAAUUUGGAGGGAAGUAGGGCUUGUGCCAGAGGGCCUCGCUGAAGUACAGGAUAUGAGGGAGAAUAAGAAGGGAACACAGAGUAGAUUUUGGCAGGAGAGAAGGAAAUAAACACUGAAGGUGCAGUGGGUGAGCUCAGAGAGAAAACAAUCUUUGGCAAUUUGUAUGACUUGGAGAAACUCUUCUAUUCAUUUAAUUAUUUUUAUUUUUAUUUUUAUUUUUAUUUUUAUUUUUAUUUUUAUUUUUAUUUUUAUUUUUAUUUUUAUUUUUAUUUUUAUUUUUAUUUAUUUUACAGGAACAUUGCAUAUUGAUAAACAUUUUUGUAAAUAUGCCAGAGUUAGCCAAAAGGCUAAUUUUCAUCUGUUGUCCCUGGCCAGAUUUUAUAAAAGGCUCCCUAAAAAAACAAAACAAAUUCAAACAUCGCUAAAAGCUACAAAAACAAGUAUUAGUAAAAGCACGUAAAGUACUAAAGUAAAUGUAAUGUGCACACUACAAGACAACAUGUAACACUAAAAAUAUAAAACAUAUAAAACACAUAUAAAACAUUGAGUGAGCUAUACCUGAGGCUCACCUCAACAGACAUCUAACGCACGCAGGCCACAUUCAUUUAAAAAACAGGACACAUUCAUCAACAACCAGGCACAAGGUGGCAGCAGCGAGCGGAACAGGUUUAGUGCUGGCAGAUGUGGUUAUCAAUUAGCCAGUGUUUCAGAUUUGAACUAAAUGAAUGAUAUGUGUUGCUCUCUCUGAUAACUGUGGGGAUGUUGUUCCAUUCCUCUUGAGACACACCUCGUGAAGUGAUGUGUGUUUGUUCGUAUGCUUACAAACUCUCUGAGUGGGGUCCUCCCAGCUCAGGAGGUGGUAUUUUUUGAGGAUUGAACAGUGGUGGAAUUGCUUUGGGUUUUUGUCUAAAACUUUUAUUGUCUGUUUAUACAAAGACUGUAGUGGUUUUAAUGUGGUGUGACUUGCCUGAGACCAGCUUGUCAAACAGUAGGUCAUAUAUGAGAAAAUCAUUGAAUGCAUGUACAUCUUGGCUGCUUCAGUGGACAUGGAGUUUCUGAUAAAUCUGAAGUUGGCAAGGUUAAAUUUAAUUUGUUUACAGACUUUUUUUUUUACAUGUGCUUUAAAGUUCAGGUUGGAGUCAAGUAUAAUACCAAGGUAUUUAAAUUAUUUUACAAUCUGUAGUUUUUCUCUCAACACAAAGUAAUUACAUCUACAUGCAGCAGAUGGAUCGAUUCUUAUUCUUAUGAAGGAGGACGCAUUUUAAAAGUUUUCUCCAGGGAAUAAACAGCUUGGUUUAGUAUGUGUCAUACAAAUUCAAGAUUCAGACUGAAACAGAAACCGCUCCCUUGAAUCUAGGCUAACAUCUGGUGGUACAAGUUGAGAGUUACAGCCAUGUGUUGAAUGGAUGUAAAAAAAAAAACAACAGACUCCCACUGUCUGUUUGGUCACAAAGUUGUGCUGCCUUCAGGCUGUUGACAUUAACAAAAAAACAUUCAAGACAACUUUAAAAUGCAAUCUGUGAACAGCAGUGUGUUAAAACAAAGGUGGAAAUUCAAUAUACCAGCAUAAGUGUAUCUAAUAAAACUGACAAUCCCUCUUUAGUCUAGCUUUAUUUUGGUUAUUUGUGGCUGCUGUUAUAUGCAUUAAUUUUUGUCUUUGUUAUAAACCUUUAAAU